AUGAUUGCAAUUGGCGGAGUCAUCGGCACCGGAUUGUUCUUGGGUACUGGUAGCGAUCUCCAACAUGGCGGGCCAGCUGGACUCUUACUCGGUUACUGCAUCAUGGCCUCGCUGCUCUUCUCGGUCAUGGUUUCUCUGGGCGAGAUGAUCUCUUUUCUCCCCAUCACGGGCGGUCAAUUCGCGCUUGCAGGCCGCUUCGUUGGCAAGGAGCUCGGCUUCGCGAUGGGUUGGGUCUUCUGGUACAACUAUAUCAUCGUCCUCCCGGCUGAGAUCUCUGCGGCAGCGGUUCUCGUCCGUUACUGGACUCCGGCUGGCGACCCAAACUCAACUUGUACUGCAGGAAUAUGCAACAACGCGAUGUGGGUGGGCUUGAUGCUGAUUGUAGUCUUGCUCAUCAACUUUGGCGGCACCCGCGUGUUUGGAGAAUGCGAGUUCUGGUUUUGCUCGAUCAAAGUCAUAACCAUCGUUGGCCUAAUCAUUACCGGCAUCGUCAUAACAUCUGGCGGAGGACCAAACGGCCAGUCAAUUGGCUUUCGUUUCUGGCACCAGACUGGCGGGUUCGUCCAGUAUGAAGGCAUUGCAGGCGCGAAAGGACGUUUUCUCGGGUUCUUCAGUGUCCUGAUCAACGCCGCAUUCGCAUUCAUUGGCACAGAGAUCACAGCAAUCGGGGCAGCUGAGACGGCAAACCCUCGGAAGACGGUGCCACGGGCGAUCAAGUCUGUCUGGAUACGCCUGGUACUCUUCUACGUCUGCAGCGUCUUCAUAAUCGGCCUUCUUGUCUCUCCAACAGAGCCGGAUCUUGACCUUGGAUCGGGAGCUGCGAAAAGUCCGUUCGUUAUCGCCAUCAAGAACGCAGGGAUCAAUGGUCUUCCUUCAGUCAUCAAUGCUGCACUCCUCACAAGUGCAUGGUCAGCGGGCUGUGCAGAUAUGUUUGUUUCUUCUCGAACCUUGUAUGGACUGUGCAGCCGCGGACACGGACCUGCGUUCUUGUUAAGAACACGUCGCGAUGGGCUACCCUGGAUAUGCGUCCUCAUCAGUGCCGCCUUCUCUCUGCUGUCGUUCAUGGCCGCAGCCGGGGGUGGAGCUGGAAAGGCCUUUGGGUAUUUCUCGAACAUGACAGCCAUGUGUGGCAUGAUCUCAUGGAGCUGUAUUCUCUGGACCGGCUUGCGAUGGCAAAAGGGUAUCAAGGCUCAAGGCAUUGAUCGCAACACCCUACCAUAUCGAGCUCCGCUGCAGCCGUACUUGAGUUACUAUGGCCUAUCAGUAGCUCUUAUGGUCCUGAUAUUCGGCGGGUUUUCUUCAUUCAUCCACAAGUUCGACACUUCAUCCUUCAUCACGACAUACUUCCCAAUACCGCUGUUCCUGGUUCUGUUCGUGGGAUACAAGUUGUUCUAUCGGACCAAGACUGUCAGGUACCAGGACAUGGACUUUGUGACCGGGCAGUCAGUGGCGGAGCCUGUGGACGAGAUCAAGCAGGGCCGCUGGAAUAGGUUUGCGGAUAAUGUAUGA